AUGGCCCAGCCUGGCCUAGGACUCACAGCGCCCACCUCGCGACAGGACAUCAUCAGUGCCCUGCUUAACGACUACGGAAAUUCCUUUGGGCGCGGUGACGCAUCCUCAUCAGACUACUAUUCCCCGGUACCGGCUUUGAAAGAGUUGCCCCUACCACCACCACCGCCGCCACGCUCAGACAGCAUCAAAAUCGAUAGAAAACCACUCCCAGCUGUUCAGCGUAUGAAUAUGAAAUUUCAACUUCGAGAUGAAGACGGACCGUCGUCACCAGAUAGUCCGGAUUCCCCAGCAACGAAGCCAACAAGACGCAUUGUCUCGCGUAGCCUGUCGCGCGAAGGCAAGCCGCCUUCGUUAAAGUUAACCAUUAGUAACGGGACUACGGCGACAAUACCACCGACACCAGUCCAACCCUCUCAAGUGCUUCCUUCGUCGCAAUCGGUACAGGACAAGGAAUUACCGCCUCCGCCACCUGAGAAAUCCGAGAGACGGCAUCCUGGACCAGUGACGAUGGGGAGCGACUUUUCUCAGUUCGGGAAAGACCUGGGCAGAAACGACUCACUACUUUCUAAUACCCAAGUUUCAAAUGAGACGUCGAACUCGGUGGAAGCAUCACCCGUAGUUAAGAGGAAGGCUUUGCCUGAGAAUGUUGUGAAGAGGUUCAAGAGUUUAGCAGAGCUUGGAAAAGGCCCAAGAGGUGGAAAAGGAGGACCUCUCCCACGCACUUCUGCAUCAAGCAAAGCCAGCGUCGACUCCGAUUCUCCCGAAAUUCUUGCUGGUCAAAGCACCGUGAAUACCGAAGCUCCCGAUAAUUCGAGAUCCAAUUCAUCAGAUGUUACAGUCACUCCCGAGAAUGCUCACCAGCAAGUUGAAGCACCCACCAACAACCAGUUGCCACCGACUCCAGAUGAGGACCAGAACAUGGUUCCGCUUGCACCUCCAAAGAAAGCUCUCACCGCUAUCGGACUGCCCUCGAAUCCUCGAUCCAAGACUCAGACUUCACCCACACACAAGCGAGGAAAUAGCAGCAUAAGUUUCGGUGGCCUGCAGCCACACCGACCAGCGCCUCCCAUCCCAACCGCUAGCCUCACACCAGAGAUGACACCACCACCGCAGCUCCGACCAGUCCAGCCACAGAAGGAUGGACCGAUAUCUCCUUUCUCGCCUCUGCCACCGCCAAAGGAUCAGACCCGUCCGGUCAGCUACGAGACAGGCGUCGAAACCCAGGAGAGAACAAUCGCAGAGCACAUGCAACCGACGACUACAGCAGAAGCCGCCUCAAUCACUGCUUCAAAAGAGAGCCCAGUUCGCCCAACAUCCCUUGACCUGGCAUCACCAAGCCCCAAGACCGAAUCGCCUAUGGUCGCGGCACUGGCUCCAGCCCCAGCCUUGGUCCCAGCAGCCCAAUGCUCUCCAAUAUCCAUACAAACCUCAGAGAAAUUUUCUCUAUCGCAGUUCCCCACCGUACCCUCCCAUCCAUCAGCACAGGAACCAGCCCCGGCACCAGCACCGGAUUCCGCCUACCCAGCAGCACCGCAACUAGAAAGAAACCCAAAACAAGAAAGAGAACUAGCACCAGCAUCGCACCCAGAGUACCAACAACCCGCCGGCUCCCCACCACCCUUCACCCCGCUAACCCGCCACCCCUGCCCUCUCCCCCCCUCCCUCAUCCCCCCAAUCACAAACUCCCACCUCACAUGCUACACCGCACACGCCAUCUCCGUCUGGAGCAACAACGCCCUACAGUCCCUCGGCUGCAUGCUCUGCCACAAAAACGACCCGGAGCGCAAGUGGACGUGCAGUUGGUGCAACUUGAGAAUCUGCUGGGCGUGCAGUGAGGAGUUGAAAAGCGUCCCGGGGAGGGAUCUGCGGGUUUUGGUCGAACGUAGGAAGGAGGUCGGAGAUGCUGAUGCUGGUGAUGGGAGUGGAAAUGGGGUCGUGGAAAGCGGGCGGGGGACGGGUAUGGCGCAGUGGAGUCGCGAAGAAGAAGGCGAGGCAGGCGAUGUCGUGGGCAUUGGGUUUGACGGGCGCUUUGCCGGCUGA